UACUACUUAACAGUUAACACCAUCAUGUUACCCAAAUAAAUAUCUCAUCAAAAGUCAAAAACCAAAAAGCCUCAAAUCAAAUACAGAACACAGGGGGAAACAUCUGUUUGUAAUUUUCUAUUUUAAGUUCUAAUAAAACCAAGCUACAUCGCAUCUGUUUGUAAUUUUCUAUUUUAAGUUCUAAUAAAACCAGGGGAAAACCCCUGUCUUUCACCAAAAAAAAAAAAAGGCUUAUAUAAUAAGAGAACAAACUUUUCUCUCUUAAAAUUUUGGGGGAGACACAAACGUUGUUUUCUCGACCAAACAAACAACCAGCAAACGUUUUGUCUGCGAAGAAGGCAAUGAUGUUAGUAUGUUACUACUAUUCGGGAAUGGGCCAUUCGGUCCAAAAUGGACGCUUAUAAGAGAGACUCAUCUCGGUCACGUUUUCCGUCUCGAAAACAAACAAAAACAAAACAGAGCCAUAGUAGUAGUCUCUCUCUCUCUCCUCAAUUUUGGAAGAAGGAUGAUGUUACCAGAAGCAUGCGUAGCGAACAUCCUCUCCUUCACAACUCCGGCCGACACAUUCUCUUCGUCGGCCGUCUCCUCAGUCUUCAAGGUCGCCGGUGAUUCUGAUCUCGUCUGGGAGAAGUUUCUACCUUCCGAUUACAGCCACGUUGUCUCUAGAUCGACUGAUCACCACCAGAAGUUCUCCUCCAAAAAGGAGCUCUAUCGAUAUCUCUGUGAAUCAAUCCUCAUCGAUAAUGGCAGAAAGAUGUUCAAGAUCGAGAAACUUUCCGGGAAAAUAUCGUAUGUUUUAUCGGCGAGAGAUCUUUCCAUAACUUGGAGCAACCAACGACAUUACUGGUCUUGGAACCCUCGAUCAGAUUCAAGAUUCUCGGAAGGGGUGGAACUUAUAAUGACGGACUGGUUAGAAAUCAUCGGAAAAAUCCAAACCGGAGCUUUAUCGCCCAACACAAACUACGGAGCUUAUCUGAUUAUGAAAGUGACGUCACGUGCGUAUGGGCUAGAGCUAGUUCCGGCAGAGACUUGGAUAAAAGUGGGGAAUGGUGAAAAGAAAACAGAGUCAACUUAUCUAAGUCGCUUGGAUAGCAAGAAACAACAAAUGGAGCGGCUGUUUUACGGACAGAGAGAAGAGAGGAUGGCGAUGAUGGACAAGGUUGUCGGGGCUCAUAGGAGGGAGCCAGAGGUGAGAGACGAUGGGUGGAUGGAAAUAGAGCUCGGAGAGUUCGAGACGGGACAAGAAGGUGGUGAAGACAUGGAGGUUGUUAUGAGUCUAACCGAAGUUAAAGGUUAUCAGUUAAAAGGUGGGAUUGCUAUUGAUGGGAUUGAAGUAAGGCCUAAACCCCAAAAGUGAGUGAGUAGUAACGGAAAAAUGAGUGCCAAAUUUUGGGUUUACCUGAUUAUGUGUUUGGUUCGGGUCCAAAAUGUAAGAUGAGAGACAACUCUUUUGGUGGUUUGAUUUAUACAUUAUUAUCCAUGUAGAGUAACGUAUAGACCAACACUUGUCAGUUGUCAUCUGACAAGAAAAAAAUGAAGACUACGAAUUGUCAAA